GGUCCUGCGGCGCCUCCCACAGCAUCAGAGACGGAGGGGGGUUUGCAAAUUCCCAUGAGCCUCCAGGACCCUCCGACCAAGUGCCGCGAUCCAAGAGCCAGCGGCGGGGCGGGGCUUUGUUGCGGUCUGGCCGGUAGGGGGCGGGGCUUUGUGAUGCUCCGAGCUCGCGCUGCGCGGAUUUAAACCCCCCGUCGCGCUCCGCGCACGGUGGGAUCCGACAGGAUGGAGACGCGAUAGCUCCCGCGUCAUUAUUAGUUAGUGCCACGGUUUUUAUUGUCCUCGUCGCGGUUACGAUGCGAUGGCGCCGAUGAUGAUGCGCCGCCACGACGGUCCGACUGCGACUCCGAGAUCUUGCGAUGAUGGAGACCUUUGUGUGACCGCGCCGUGGACAUCAUCAUCAUCAUCAUCAUCAUCAUCUUCGCUCGGGUGGGCGGCAGCGGCGGGGGACGACGGCCUCUCCUCGGCCCCUUCGUACGCGCGCCUCAUUAAUUCAUAUGGUAAUUAAUGAGGGGUAUUUACCGUGCUUGCUCGCGCUCGCGCAGAGGCAGGAGGGCCGGCGGCGGCGCGCGGGGGACCGGCGGCGGUUGCUGGCGCCGCUGAGAAGCAGGUGCGGAGAAGGUCGGCGUCCCGCAGCCGGACAUGGGCAACACGGCGUCCUGCUGCGUGGCCUCCAGCCCGAAGCUGAGAAGGAAAGCGCACGCGCGCCUGGACUCGGACCCGGAGCCGGAGCCGCUGAGCCGCGAGGACACGGGCUGGAACCUGCAGCACAUCAGCGACCGCGAGAACGUGGACGACCUGAACAUGGAGUACAACCCGUCGGACCACCCGCGUGCCAGCACCCUUUUCCUGAGCAAGUCGCAGACGGAUGUGAGGGACAAACGCAAGAGUCUCUUCACCAAUCAUUUGACGCACAUUGUGGAAACCAAGCACCACACGGGCCGAGCGCGGCGGAAACACAGCUCCUGCUCGACCAUUUUCCUAGAUGACAAUACGGUCAGUCAGCCCAACCUGAAACACACCAUAAAGUGUGUGGCUCUUGCAAUAUAUUACCACAUAAAGAACAGGGACCCCAAUGACAGGACACUGCUGGACAUUUUCGAUGAGAAACUGCACCCCCUGUCGAAAGUGGAGGUUCCUCCCGACUAUGACGAGCACGACCCGGAGCAGAAGCACAUCUACCGCUUUGUUCGGACCCUGUUUAGCGCUGCUCAGCUCACUGCCGAGUGUGCCAUCGUCACCCUGGUGUACCUGGAGCGGCUGCUCACCUAUGCGGAGAUCGACAUUUGCCCCGGAAGCUGGAAGCGCAUCGUGCUGGGCGCUAUCCUACUGGCCUCCAAGGUGUGGGACGACCAGGCCGUGUGGAACGUAGACUACUGCCAGAUCCUCAAAGACAUCACCGUGGAGGACAUGAACGAGCUGGAGCGCCAGUUCCUGGAGCUGCUGCAGUUCAACAUCAACGUGCCCUCCAGCGUUUACGCCAAGUAUUACUUUGACCUCCGCUCGCUCUCUGAGGCCAACAACCUGAGCUGCCCCUUGGAGCCCCUCAGUCGGGACAGGGCCCAGAAACUGGAGGCAGUCUCCAGGUUAUGUGAGGACAAGUACAGGGACUGCAGGAAAGCAGCCAAGAAGCGAUCCAUGAGCGCGGACCAGCUGAGCGUCGUGCGAUGGGCCCCGGCCAUCAUACCGUAAAACGGUCCUGCUGAAGGGAAGUGGAUUUUUUUGGUACGCCACACCAAGGACAGCAGGAUGAGCGGCAGAAAAAAACAGUACGGUUGUGCCACGUCGCUUAAGAAUGCACAACUACAGUACUACGGGAUUGCUGUGGGACCGAGACACACGCAAAGCGGCUCUACGACUCGCCCCUUUCUGGCGGCUCCUGUGCCAAAUGCCUGCAGUGUCCGCCAGGGCGUGCUAAGGACACGUGUCUCCAGGUGUCCUCUUUCUCCUGUUCAACAUGAUUU